AUGUUUGCCAACAGUCUCUUCUCCUGGUUCUCCUUCAAGGAGUCCAUUCCAACCUCCACCAGCGAUGCCACAACAGGCACCGAGAACCACCAGCCCGUCAGCCCAAAGGCCCCCUCCACCGACCCCAUGGUAACCGAGCAGCCUAACUCCCAGGAGAACAUGCUGAAGCUGGAGCUGCGUGGUGGCGGCACUGGCGAUGUCUGCUGCGGCCUUUGCGCCGGUCUUCUCUGCUUCGAAUGCUGUGAAUGCUGCGAGUGUUGCUGCUAG